CCAUGACCCCAUAAUGUCUUCUAUAGUCAUUACUUAGAAAAAUAUAUUUAAAACUAGAAAGAUCUAUAAGUAAAUAGAUUAUGAUAGAUGAAUAGAUAGACAAUUCCUAAGGUCAUGUGACCGCGACGAAUGGCUGCCUCAAGGCACUGUGCUCCUGUUGGUUCUCCAUCUAUCGAACCUCGCUGACAUUCCUGGGAGGUGGCAGGAGAGCUGUAUUCUUGGUUGUGAUGUGUGGAAUAUUUUCGUGAAGAGUCUUGAAAAUCAGCUUUUUUUUUAUUGUUUUAUUCAAACAAACUUGAAUCUGAAUCCGUUGUCUUUGAUGAACCAUGGAUCGUUGGUACUGGUGCGAUCCUAGCUUAGUGUCGGGAGAAAGGACAGAAACCUCGGCUAAUGGAAUACGGUUGUAUGAUGGCGACAAGAAAACAGGAUAUGACGACGGCCACCUAGUGUUGACUAACUUUCGGCUGCUCUGGCGACAUGAAAGCCAGUCGUCAUCUUUAGGCUUACAACUCGGUCUAGUGGUUCUUGUAGAAGAGGAAGCAGGUGGAUAUUUUACCUCUAGUCCAAAAUUGAUUCUUCAUUUAUCACAGCCCCCACAUACUCAGUCUGCAGGACCCGUAGCUUCUAGUCCACAUUCGUUUAUCAAGUUGUCUUUUAGACAGGGAGGAUGUAGCACUUUCCAUCAAGUAUUGCAAAGGGUUGUUGGUGACAAGCAGUGGGAGAGAACCGCUCCGUCGAUACCUCAGGCGUCAAGGGGAAGUCAGAGAACACACACUGGUAUCUUAGGCAUAGAGCGUGCAAUCCAAGCCAAACAACAAGAAACGAACCAGAACAUCAGUCGUGCCUUUGAGGAUUUGAAAAAUUUGAUGGGCCUUGCUAAGGAAAUGGUGAUGCUAUCAAGGAAUAUCGCAAACAAAAUCAAAGAGCACUCUGGAGAAGUGUCGUCAGAUGACACCGUUCAGUUCAGAUCAUACCUUUUGAGCCUCGGCAUAGAUGACCCCGUCACCCGAGAAACAUUUGGGUCAGCAAAUGACUAUCAUCAUCAUUUGGCCAAGGAACUCUCACAGGCUUUAGAAGAGGCGGUUAAAGAGGCGGGUGGGGUCAUGUUACUCUCUGAAGUUUAUUGUCGCAUCAACAGAGCUCGAGGUUUGGAACUGCUGUCUCCAGAGGAUGUUCUUCAUGCCUGCCAAGUCAUGAGGAAGUUGAAUCUUCCCAUUAUCCUUCACACAUUUGAAUCAGGGGUCCAGGUUGUCCAGACAGCUGGUUUGGACCAAAAGAAAGUUGUAGCUGCAACCGUUGAGGUUCUGAAUCGCCACGAAAGUGAUGGAGUGUCAGCUGGUGACUUGGCUCGGGAGUGCGGGAUGCCAUUGCUCCUCGCACAGGAGAGACUUUUACAAGCAGAACGAUGUGCAGAAGCUGUAAGAGAUGAAUCAAAUCAGGGCUUAAGGUUUUAUCCUAACUUGUUCUUUUCACGUGCAGAAGCUUAGUCUAAUUUGAAUGGUGAACUUUGAUAAUGGAGAUAGUGCAGACUAGGGUGCUGUUUCUGGUCACUGUGAAACACCCUUAUUUGUUUAAGUUUCUAAAUCCAAAGCAGGUGACUAAUAGAUAAGGAUACUUUAACUGAUUUGAAUAAUGAUUCCCUCAUAUUAGAUUCUGUUCUGUUCUGUUUCCAUCUCACAUGUUGCAUCUCUGUUAUGUUUAGACUCUCUGUUUGAUGCUCAGAAAAUGACUUACUUAGGCUAUGUUGCUCAUACAUGACUGUAGUCUGGAUAAUGAAGAAUUGUGAAGGCAAUUCUUAUUAAUUGUACAUUGUAGUAACGCCAGAAAAAAAUUUAAGGCUGAUGCAUAAGUACAGAAAUGAGUGCAAGACCCUUAAGAAACUGAUGGAAAGUACGUACUGAUAUACCGUUAAGAGCUUUUAGAUGGAAACUGGCCAGUUUGAUAUUUUGUUAUUCAUUUCUAGUUCAUAGAAAUGAAGUAUAUUACUGUAAUGGUGCAGUAUGUAAACACGUGGUAAGGAAAGCAUAAAGUACUUCUGUACUUGUAUACCCUAUGUAUUGAUAAAUUGUAAGAAUUCUACCAUAUUCCAGAGCUAAAGUUAUAUUGUGACAGGUCUCUUGUCUUAGUAUUAUGGCAGAAUUGAAGAAAUGACACUUAACAUAAAACUAGACAAGAAUUACUUCAGGAUAUCAUGUUGUAUUCUUUGUACCAGUCUUUUGUCAUUUUUUUAAAAGUUUAGUUAGUUUUUGCACCUGAGAAAAUUUGGUAGAAGAGAACGUUUGCUUUCAGACAUAUACUACUUUAGUUCUUUUGUUAAAUGUAAUUUCCUAAAGAGAUGUUUAUUGUGAUAGUUGCAGUUUUUAUGCUCAAGUCUAUAACUUCUUUUAUUGACUAGGACGUAAGCUUUGUUGCUGGGAAAAUUCUUUUUGUGACGCAGUUAGAAUUCUCAUUGUAGAAAAAAUGAAUUGUAUUUUCAGUUGCAAGAUGAACAUCAAGUUUUCAUUCCUAUCAGUGACUUGGAAAAGUUAUUAUGAGAUCUUUUGGCCCUGGAGAAUGUAAGGUGUUGAAAAAUUGUAUAGAGCUGUACUGGAUAUGUGCCUUUAGGAAGACAAGCAUCUUAUGUCUGCUGGUACUACAAAAUAAACUUGCGUAGACUCUUGAAGGUCAUAAAAACCCUUCGCUUUUAAUCAGUCUUGAUAUCUCAGUGUGUGUGUGGAACAAACCAGUAAGUUUAUAGGGUCAGUAUGUCUGGUAUAACUCCUUGACCUCAUGUUAUCAUAUUUUAUCAGUUGUAGGCCCAGUGCAUUUAUUUAUUUCAUUUUGUCAUUGAUGAAGACGUAUUUAGACAUUUGUGAUGUCUUGGGAAGUAUUACUGUCCACUAUUACUAUUGAGAUGUUGAGAGCCUUGAUUUUUGUUACUCAUGAUUUAAAGUUUUCCUUUACCUUUGUGCAUUGCAAAUGUCCAUGUGCAACAGAGUGAUGCCACUAGCUUAAGAAUUUUGUAUUUCAUAGCAUACAGUUUAAAACUGUGUGGCUUGCAAUGCAGGAGUAGGAAGUUAAGUUAUGUACAUAGAAAUAUCUUUAGCCUGAUAAGAAAGCUACAGUAUAAUUAUAUUAAGUUUUACAAAUGACAAUAAACAAUGAAAAUUAU